AUGUCGACACGCUUCGACAACCGCCAGGCAAUCCUCCUGGAUCAACUCCUCGACGACCCCAACCUAUCGCCCACUCCUGCUCUCCUCCUCAACGACAAGACACUGUCCCUAUGGUUGCAGGACAAAAUCAAAGAAAUCUGUAGCCACGACAUCAGCGGCAACCCUGCGUCCGCAUUCAGUGCUGAUGUCGCCAGCAUUGAACCGGGGGUUGUUGAUGAUGUAGUCGUGGCUUGGGUUAACGUCAAGGAAGCCUGCGUCGUCUUGGAAACCGGCUGGCUCAUCCUUCUGCAGGUCCUUCAUCUCAACCAGGGCAACUAUAGGGAUGGGGUGUUAGAGAAGAUCAUCGGGCAGCAGCUGCUAGCCCUCAACAACUUCCAACGUGAAAUGGGUACAAGAAAGAUCAUGAGCAAGGGGGAUGUGGACUUCAUGAAGGAGCUUGUCGAUUCGUCCCCUGGGGUUCCCCUCAACUGGGCGCCACCUCUCAAAGGCGCACGACUAGGCGUCCCUCGCAAUGUGAUCAACCUCAUGUCGGACAGCACAACAGUGUCCAUGGUCGCAGCCUUCAACAACACCCUAUCCAUCCUCCGCUCAUCCGGUGCAACAAUCCUGGAAACCGAUUUCCCAGCCGCCCAAGACUUCCUAAACGACACUCUCCUCGGCCUACAAAUCAUGUCCGCCGAUUUCGUCGUAAACAUCGAAUCCUACCUCAAACAACUCACCUUCAACCCGCACAACAUCUCCACCCUGCAUGAACUACGCGCCUGGACGCAGAAAAGCCCACUAGAAAGCUACCCAGCCAAAUCAACAGGAGUCUGGGAUUUCGCGCUGGACAACUGGAACAACACGACCCCAGAAUUCUGGCAGGCGUAUCAAAAAGGUCUGUACUAUGACGACAAAGGAGGAUUGCUUGGAACGAUUAAACGGCACGGUCUUGAUGCUGUUGUUCUACCGUCGAAGUUUUCUUGGUCCUUUGCUGCUGUUGCUGGGGCGCCGGUUGUGAGUAUACCGAUGGGGGCUAUGGGGGAUGGGCAGCCUGUUGUGGUUGAUCCUGAUGGGUUGGUGGGGUCGGCGCCGGGUAUUCCGUUUGGGUUUAGUUUCUUGGGGGAGAGGUGGAGUGAUGUGAGGAUUGUUGGAUUGGCGUAUGCGAUGGAGCAAAGGACGCAGGUGAGGGGGGAAGUGAAGCCGAUUGUUAGGCCGCGGACUGAGCUGGGGGAUGUUGUUGGGAGGAAGUAG